ACUAAGGCGCAGUAAAUACAAAAGCAUAGUAAAUAAGAGAAACACCAAUCACUACUCAGUAGCAAAAUUUUAGCAAAAUUAAACUCUGUCGACUCAAAGAUGCUAAGGAAGUCGCUGCGCACAGCUGCUUCUUCUUCUUCUUAUUGCAGCAGAGGAGGCAUGUCUUCUCUUCACUCUCCUCUUGUUGUUUUCCUCUGCAAUCACUUGGCCUCGUUUCAUUCUCAACCUUCAAAUCCAAUCGAACCCAGAAACACCCAGAUUGUACCCAAACUCACUAACAUUGAGAAUGCCUUGAAGGUGUUCGAUGAAAUGCUUCAAAGGCGUCCUCUUCCUUCCAUUAUCCGUUUCAAUCAAAUCUUGUGUCAACUCGUGAAAUUGAAGCACUAUUCCCAAGUCAUUUCUUUGUAUCAUCAAUUGGGCCUCCUGGGAAUUGUUCCUAACGAUUUUAGUCUCAACAUUAUCAUUAACUGCCAUUCUCGUUUAAACCAAAUGGGGUUUGCUUUAUCUGUCUUCGGAAAAUUCUUCAUAUAUGGUUUUGAACCGGAUGUCAUCACCCUCAACACUCUGAUCAAUGGCUUUCUUCUUGAGGAUCGAGUGGCUGAGGCAGCAGGAUUUUUUAGCAGAAUGGUUGAGGGAAGUAACUGUAAGCCUGAUGUGUUUACUUUCGGCGCACUAGUUAAGGGCUUCUGCAUCAAGGGUAACAAUACCGCAGCUAUUCGGUUGCUUAGGAAGAUGGAUGGAGGAGCAUGUAAGCCUAACCUUGUUGUGUAUAACACGAUCAUCGACAGUCUGUGUAAGGAUACACUCAUUGUUGGCGCACAGGAGCUCUUUUCAGAAAUGGUCACUAGGGGUAUUGCCCCGGACAUUGUUACGUACAACUCUUUGAUUCAUGGCGUUUGCAGAGUAGGCAAGUGGAAAGAGGCUAUAAGGUUGUUGAAUGAAAUGGUGAGUAACGAUAUCUUUCCAGAUAUACUCACCUUUAACAUCUUGGUAGAUACACUUUGUAAGGAGGGGUUGGUAUUGCAAGCAGAAAGUGUGGUUCAAAUGAUGAUUCAAAGAGAUAUUGAACCUGAUACGGUUACCUACAGUUCGCUUAUGGAUGGCUACUGUCUGCGAGGAGAAAUGGAUGAGGCAAAAAAAGUAUUUGAUAAAAUGAUUAGCAAGGGUUCCAGGGUUGAUGUUUUUUGUUAUUCCAUAAUGAUAAAUGGAUAUUGUAAGCGUAAAAUGGUUGAUGAGGCAGUGAUGCUUUUUCAGGAAAUGUCUCAAAUGGGGCUGGUUCCAAAUACCAUUACUUAUAACACUCUCAUUGACGGUUUUUGCAAAAUGGGCAAGAUACAAGGCGCACAAAAGUUAUUCUCUCAGAUGCAGGCUUGCGGCCAGCAUCCAGAUGUUCAAACUUAUGCUAUUCUACUGGAUGGGUUAUGUAAGAACCAACAACUUUCUUUGGCAAUAGAAUUGUUGAGAGAGAUGAAAGAAAGAAAGAUGGAACUAAAUAUUGUAAUUUACAGUAUUCUUAUUGAAGGUUUGUGCAUAGUUGGAAAUACUGCAGCUGCAAGAGAUCUGUUCCGUUGUUUACUAUCAAAACGACUACAACCUGAUGUGAAGAUGUACACCAUAAUGAUCAGGGGAUUUUGUAACGGGGUGUUAACAAGUGAAGCCGAAAAGUUGUUUAAGGAGAUGGAAGAUAAAGACUGUCCUCCUGAUGCUUGCACCUAUAACAUAAUUAUCCGCGGGUUUAUCAAUAACAAUGAGACAUUAAGGGCAAUGGGACUUAUUCAACAGAUGGUGAAGAGGGGCUUCGCGGCAGAUGCAUCCACUGUAGAACUGAUUGUUGGUCUACUAUGUAAAGAUAACGUUGAUCCCGCUUUAUUGACUCUGUUGUAAAAUUCAUUAUGAAGUAUAUGUAAAAUUCGUUAUGAAGUAUAUAUGAAUCUUUGAAGCAGAGCUCUGACAGUAUCAUAUGGAGAUUCGAUACUGCUGCAUCUUUCAGAACUUGUGGAGGAAGUUUCUGUAUUUGAUUGGUUGGGUUUCAGUUGUAUCAGGUAUCUGGUUACCCUGGAAUCCAAUUCUAGGGUGACGACUGAUGAAGACAUGAAGUGCAUCAGGCUGUGAGAAUUGCAUCAAUAGAACUGAAGGAGUAUAAUCCCAGAGUAGAAAUAUAGUACCAGAACUAAGUAAUGGCAAAGGAGGACUUUUGUUGAAUAUUAAGACGAUAAGUAGCGAGAAUCCUUCUUUGGUACUACUCCAGAGGCGCUAGAGGUACAUAGAGUGCAUAAAAAUGCAUAGGUCUCUAAACGCUAGAGAAUUAUUGAAAAUAGAUUAAACUACCAACACAGGUUCCGUAAACAAUAUAGGGAAUUAAGGCUCUGUUUGGAUGGCAGAAAAUCAUGGUAUGAAAAGGGAAUUAAUUUCAUUUUCUAUGUAGAGGUGCCGUUUGGUUGUAAUUAGAGACUGAAAAGGAAAUAAAAAAUGAGAUUUGACUGGAAAUUGACUCCCUGAAUUCAGGGGUGGUAUUCUAAUUUCA